GCUCAUUUUUACAUGUUUGCUCGAUGCGGCGUACGUGACCGGCGGAUUGAUAAAUCGUUCUUGUUCUUCAGAAAAGCAAGAAAAUUUCCAGUGUAUCUAUAGUGUUUUUAACGACAACAUCCAGUGUUAUCCUUUCAUAUAUUCGCUUUGUGGAAAAUAUUAACUUGUUUAUUGAAUAUAAAAUACAAGUGUAGACAUUGCUAUUUUCGAAGUGGUAGUGGUGCAUUUGUUUAUUUUUAGACUUGCAGUCAUGUUGUUAUUCUGGUGGCGCUAAAAUGUCUCAAAGGGAUACAGCUAUUCAUCUGGUUGCCGGAGGGGUAGCAGGUACAGCGGGAGCAGUAGUUACCUGCCCUCUAGAAGUUGUAAAGACACGUCUGCAAUCAUCUAAAGGUGUGGUGGUUCCACCACCACCCCCGCCAUCCUCAAAUACUACUAGUUCUAAAAGAGUCUGUUCUAAAAUCCCAAAACACCAGGAGGCCAAAUGGGGCUACAGACGUACGAUGGGCGCAAUGUUCGCCUACAGCAAGCAAGCAGAUCGCAUGCUGAUGUCGUACAAUUACCAGGUGCAGCAGUGCGCGCGCGCAGGCCACGCGAGGACGGUGCAGAGGAUGAGCCUUAUUCAGUGCAUCAGAUAUAUAGUGAAGAAUGAGGGUGCGCGGGCGCUGUUCAAAGGCUUAGGACCGAAUAUCGUUGGUGUGGCUCCAUCACGAGCGAUUUACUUCUGCACGUACUCCCAGGCUAAAGCGAUCCUCAAUCAGCACAUACCACCGGACACCCCUAUUGUGCACUUGUCAGCGGCAAGCGCAGCUGGAUUUGUCUCGUGUACUAUGACGAACCCGAUAUGGUUCGUGAAAACUCGGCUGCAACUCGACGGACAAAAUAUCACAGCGCUGGAGUGUAUUAAGAGGAUAUACGCAAAGCAUGGUAUCAAAGGUUUCUACAAAGGCAUAACUGCGUCAUACAUGGGCAUAAGUGAGACGGUCGUCCAUUUUGUUCUCUACGAAGGUGUCAAAGCCCGAUUGAUGGCUGCCCGGAGCAAAGAUGGCGUUGUCAGCGACACUCGCUCGCCGAGAGAUUUCCUCGAGUUCAUGGCUGCUGGAGCCUUUUCCAAGACGAUCGCUUCUUGCAUCGCUUAUCCACACGAAGUGGCAAGAACGCGACUUCGCGAGGAAGGUGACAAGUACAGGAAAUUCUGGCAAACAUUGCACACUGUUUGGAUGGAAGAGGGGUAUCGUGGUGUUUAUAGGGGCCUUGGCACGCAGCUGGUCCGUCAGAUACCGAACACAGCGAUAAUGAUGUCCACAUAUGAAGCAGUGGUAUAUCUUCUUACGACACACUUUAAUAGUUCCUUCUACGAAAAUACCUAGCCAUUUACCAAAUGAUCGAGUUGAUCACGUUAGAUACUCGAAGUGGCGAACCCACUGACAGUUAGAUGCCAUUUAGUUAGCGAGGCUCUGAUACCUCUGGCCCCUGAGAUCUUUUAGCCAUACGUGGUAGCGGAAACUAUGAAUAACCCUUGUAUGAUGGUCAUAUGUCGGCAACUUGUAAGAGAGCAUGGUCACGUGACUUGCAAUUUCUAUGAGAAAUGGUCAUAUCGACUUGACUGCUCAAGUAAUAUUCGCAAUUGGCCGUCACACGAAGGCUCUCAAAACUCAGAUUGUAAGAGGAAGAUCAGAAUUUAGUGGAGCCCUUUGGUAGGAUCAUGAAAUUUUUGUUGUUCAUACAUUUUUCAAGGUAUAAUACUCUAUUGGUUAUGGAGUUUUGUUUCUAUUGCGGUGUUUGUAAAUAAUGGUUUGGAAUCUUCCUACAGCCGGCUACUUACUCGCAAGAUAGUCAUUAGGGUCUAGUCUAGUAUCGAACACCAUUCUGCCCGAUGUUUGUGAGGCAAAAUGGAAAGACUGCUGAAAUAAUAUAAUGUUGAUUUACUUCUAAAGCUAAUUGAAAAAUAAAGUGCCGACUUCAAACUGUCAACUGUCAACAAAAAAGAAUAAUUUUUUAUUAAACUAGGUUUCUACAUUAUACAUGUCGCUUUCAGUGUAUAUAUUACAGAAAUAUCUAAAAAAAACUAUGCAACCGAUUUUUAUGUAACUUGGUUCUCUUAGUUGGAAUAUACUCAUUGAAAUUAAUUUGUGCCACCUCUUUUGAAGUUGGCUAAAAUACUCUGUUAAUAACAAUUGGCAUAUUGAAUACAACAUGGCUGUUUAAUCACAUAUUGUCCUAUUCAUAAUAAAUAGUAGAAUGUGUGCAAAAUUGACUUAAAAGUUUUUUUAUCAUAUUGCUGGGAGACACUAAUUGUCCAUUGAUUGAUUUAAACCAGUGGUUUAGUCAUUUUGUCUCAAGUAAAAUAAGAAAACUAAGGGAUUUUUAAUUAUUUUAUUUUUCUUGAUAUUUUUUUAUAUACUGUUACUUUUUUAUAAGAUUGGCUAUGAGAAAGUACAUAUUAGAAGGAUAAAAAUGGAGACAUUCAAUAUUUUUAUAAGAUUACUCCAGCACAAAAUAUAUAUUGAAUAACCUAUAUAUAGAGGAAUUCUAAAAUCCCUUGGUUAAAUAGUUAGUUGUGAGCUGUGAUAUAGCGCUUAUGUUAGUCUUGUGAAGAAUUGAUAGAUUCAGUGGUAAUUUCUUUAUAUAAAAGAGUUUUCUCAAAACAUGGAACUAUAUUUGCUUAUAUAUAUAGUCAGCCUGUACUGAAAAUUUUGAUACUAAAAUAAAAUAUCUCAACUUUAUAUGAAGCCAAAUUAUGCUUGAGUAAAUUAGUUUAUUCCUUCGAUAAAUAAGAAAAAAAAAAUUGAGUAACCUGUUUCAUAUUUUUUGAAAAUCUAGGAUUAUUGUUGUCAUUCUAAUCUUAGUGUUAUGUUCCAAACUAUGGAUUGCAUAGAAUAUAUAUUAAUUUUGUAGAUGUUGAGUUUUAUAUGUUAAGGCGGGCAGAUCCGGUUGUUAGAAUAUAUUUUAGAGAUAUAAUUGGACGUAUGUCAGACUGAGUAUAAGAUACACUUAAAUUUGUUUAACAAAUAAAUGAUUAAUAAUA